AUUUACAGUCUUUGAAAGUUUUUCUCUAGGCUACGUCAAUUUAUUUUGAAGUAAAUCUCCGCUCUUACAAAUUGUUUGGUUACGAUUCCCAUGUUAGCCACAUCUCUUGUUGGGCACAGAAAGACAAAAUCAAAGAAAAGUCAACAUUUAUUACCCAUGUACAAAUUAAAAUAGUUGCUUUUUUCGUGUCUUGUUUCUCCCUUCCCUUUAUUGUUGUAAGAUAUUGUGUAAGAUGUUCUUGGUAUUAAUCAGAUAAAUAAAUAAACAAUCGGAACGUUUGGAAUGCGAACGCGGAGAGAAUUUGAAGUGACACACCCUCUUCCGGCCAACUCAUCUGAACUCUGCUGUCAGUUCAAAUGUGUCACUUUCUGACAAUCAGUCAAGUAAUACAUCGCUUCACUUUAAAGUAUACAGAAGAAAGAGACACUUGGUCAAAAUGGUGUCGCUGACGAUGAUCGUUCGUGUCGCCGACGGACUGCCACUUGCUGCAUCAAUGCAAGAGGAUGAGCAGUCUGGGCGAGACUUGCAGAAGUAUCAGAGUCAAGCCAAACAGCUGUGCCGAAAACUCAACGAACAGAGUCCUGCACGGUGCACUUUAGAGGCAGGUGCCAUGUGCUUUCACUAUGUCAUUGAGAAAGGAGUGUGUUACCUGGCCUUAUGUGAAGCAGGAUUCUCCAAGAAACUGGCGUUUGCCUAUCUGGAAGAUCUUGAGGGAGAAUUCAGUGAGCAGUAUGGAAAAAAGGUCCCAUCAGUUUCACGGCCAUACUACUUUAUUGAAUUUGAUACAUACAUACAGAAGACCAAAAAGUCUUACAUUGACAGCAGAGCACAAAGAAAUCUGGGAAGCAUCAAUUCAGAGUUGCAUGACGUCCAAAGGAUCAUGGUUGCUAAUAUAGAAGAAGUGCUCCAGCGUGGAGAAGCCUUAUCUGCUUUGGAUUUCAAAGCCAGUAACCUGUCCAGUCUGUCUAAGAAGUACCGCAGUGAUGCCAAAUAUCUCAACACUCGCUCCACAUAUGCUAAAGUGGCGGCUGGCGCUGUCAUUUUCAUCACACUCAUUGUGUAUGUACGCUUCUGGUGGCUGUGAAUAUAUAAACAACAAAUUCAAGCAGAAACUCUCAGGGCCCUGCUUGAAAAAUGGUUCGGACACCAGUGUCCUUCAUGGCCUUAAGUUUAUGUCUGUUAAGAGACUGAAUGUAGCUUUGCUCAUUGAAUGAAAAGUAUGUUUUGUCAAAUUCAUAAUGCUGUUGCCUUUUUACUACCCUAACGUUAUUUGUAACUGUAAAUGGAUGAUGUCAGUAAUUUACC